AGGGAGGAAGAGGGUGUGAAGAAGAUGCCCUGGGACAUGCAGGCAGACAAGGAGCUGAGGAUGGAGACCAGGGACGAUAAUGCCCAAUGGCACAACUUCGUAGCAGAGGCCAUUUUGAGUGGCUCCACAGCACAGGAAUACAACAGGGAAGAAAAGUCCCAGAGAUCCCACAGGAAGAGGGGCUGCAAACCCAGCCCAGGGUGCUCUGAAAAGGAAAGACCCAUCCUGAGCCAGGAAGGUGGACAGAGCUUCAGCCAGAACUCAGAGCUGGUGGUCCAUGAGCAGUUUCAUGAUGGGGAUAAGCCCCACAAGUGCUUGGAGUGUGGGAAGAGCUUCUGGCAGCGCUCCCACCUGAUCUGCCACCAGAGGAUCCACACCGGGGAAUGGCCACACAAAUGUGGGGAGUGUGGGAAGGGCUUCAGCUGCAGAUCCACCCUGAUGAACCACGAACGCAUCCACACCGGGGAGAGGCCCUAUGAGUGUCCUGAGUGUCAGAAGAGAUUUCCGAGCAGCUCCAGUCUCCUCAGACACCAGCAGACUCACUCAGAUGAGAGGCCCUUCUGCUGCCCAGAUUGCGGGAAGGGCUUCAAGCGCAAUUCCCACCUCGUCGCCCACCGGCGCAUCCUCACCGGGUUUAGGCCCUACGAGUGCUGCACGUGUCAGAAAAGGUUUCAGACCAGCUCCAAUCUCCGCCUGCAUGAGAGGAUUCACAAUGAGGAGAGGCCCUUUUGCUGCCCCGACUGCGGGAAGGGCUUCAAUCACAACUUCACCCUCGUCAGGCACCAGCGCAUCCACACUGGGGAGAGGCCCUACAAGUACCGCACAUGUGGGAAGAGCUUCACCCAGUGCUCUGACUUGAGCAGUCAGGAGUCACCAGUGGAAUCUCGAAGGGAGCUUCCACAGUUGUCCCAAAUCGGGGUCCCCAUCUCCCCAGCUCUCUACAGGUUCUCACCCCUCCUGCCCAAGAAGUCCCACUACAAACCAAGGCCUAACCCGGCCCUGGCCCCACACGGGCAUUCCGAGCAUCCCAAGGUGUCUCGGGACAUCGAUCUCAUCCUGCCUCUGACAGCAACCACGGUGACACUACGGAACCUCAUGGAGCCAUCGGAAAAACCCAUCAAUCUUGACCAGGUGCCCAAGGCCAAAACCAGGAUUCCACCUCCAAAGCUCCGUACAUCCAAGGAUUGCCCCUCAGUGAAAGCUGCCAGGACAGACAG